AUGAACUCGAGGCCUCACCAUUUUUGUUGCUUCGAACAAGACAACGGGGUCGAACAAUGCCCAUGGCUUGACUCACCCGAUAACCUUAAUUACUCUCUGCAGGGAGUGGAACCGCGCACUUGGGGUGGGAUAGCAUCCAUCAUGUUCCAGCAGCAGCAGCCGCAGCCGCAGCCGCAGCGCCAGCAGCAGCAGGAGGACGUGAUGUCGUCGGCGACGUCGUCGCCUGCGUCCACGCUGUACUCUCCCAUGCCGUACGCUUUCGCGGGGACGUCGGUGCAGGAGCUGAGCUCGGACCAGUGCAGCGUGCGCCUCAUCAGCCUGCUGUACCAGUGCGCCUCCGAGGUGGCCGCCGGCGAGUUCGACCGCGCUAACCUCUGCCUGGAGCACAUCAUGCAGCUCGCGUCGCUGGACGCGCCUCACACGCUGCAGCGCCUCGCCGCCGUCUUCGCCGACGCGCUGGCCUGCAAGCUGCUCAAGCUCCUGCCGGGCCUCUCGCGGGCGCUCCUGUCGUCUUCGAGCUCCGACGACGCCCACCUCGUCCCGGCCGCGCGCCGCCACAUGUUCGACAUGCUCCCGUUCCUCAAGCUCGCGUACCUCACCACCAACCACGCCAUCGUCGAGGCCAUGGAGGGUGAGCGGUUCGUCCACGUCGUCGACCUCUCCGGCCCUGCCGCCAACCCCGCGCAGUGGAUCGCGCUGUUCCACUCGUUCCGCGGCCGGCGCGACGGCACGCCAAAUCUCCGCAUCACCGCCGUCCAUGAGAGCAAGGAGUUCCUGGCUGGCAUGUCCGCGGUGCUCGUCAGGGAGGCCGAGGCGUUCGACAUCCCGUUCCAGUUCAACGCUGUGGAGGCGCGGCUCGAGGACAUGGACUUCGACGCGCUCCGGCACAACCUCCGCGUCAGGUCCGGCGAGGCGCUCGCGGUGAGCGUCGCGCUACAGCUGCACCGCCUCCUCGCGGCCGACGACACCGGAGGCAGGCGGCAGGGCGGCCUCACCCCGCUCCAGAUCAUCGCGCGGUCCAGCCCGAGCAGCUUCGGGGAGCUCCUGGAGCGGGAACUGAACACGCGGCUACAGCUGAGCCCCGACGCGUCCGCGUUCUCCUCCAUGUCGCCGCAGUCCCCGAUAGGCGGCCACUUCCCCGCCGUAGGGCAGCAGAGGCCCAAGAUCGGGUCCUUCCUGUCGGCGGUGAAGGCGCUGUCUCCCAAGAUCAUGGUGGUGACGGAGCAGGAGGCGAACCACAACGGGGCGGCGUUCCACGAGAGGUUCGACGAGGCGCUCAACUACUACGCAUCGCUGUUCGACUGCCUGGAGCGCGCGGCGGCGGCGCAGCGGGGCAGCGCGGCGGCGGAGCGGGCGCGGGUGGAGCGGUCGGUGCUGGGGGAGGAGAUCAGGAGCAUCGUGGCGUGCGAGGGCGGGGAGCGGAAGGAGCGGCACGAGCGGGCGCGGCAGUGGGCGGGGAGGAUGGAGGCGGCGGGGAUGGAGCGGGUGGGACUGAGCUACAGCGGCGCCAUGGAGGCGAGGAAGCUGCUGCAGAGGAGCGGGUGGGGCGGGUACGAGGUGAGGCACGACGCCGAGGGGCACUGCUUCUUCCUCUGCUGGCACAAGAAGCCGCUGUACGCCGUCACCGCGUGGAGGCCGGCGGGGUACCACCACUCCGGCGGCGCCAGGUCCAGGUGA